CAGACUGUUCGGCGACUAUACCUCUUCACUUUCUAAUCAUUCAAUCCUCGCUGUUCGCAUUGCUAGCGUUGCAAUGGCCGCCCGAUCCGGCGCGUCAUCCAUUACUGUCGCCGUCCGAGUCCGGCCCUUCACCAUUCGAGAAGCUGCCCAGCUCACCAAAUGCGAUGACAGCCCGCUGUUUCUUGGGGAUGGGUCGUUAGCAUCAGUUCCAACACCGAAACUGUAUCAGAAAGGCCUCCGACCUGUCAUCAAAGUCGUCGAUGACAAGUGCUUAGUCUUCGAUCCACCGGAGGAUAACCCAGUCCAAAGAUUCUCCAAGUCCAUUGUUUCUCAGGGCAAGAGGGUCAAGGAUCAGACCUUUUGUUUUGACCGAGUGUUUGACGACAACACAACCCAAAGCGAUGUUUACGAUUCGACGACCAAGCCCCUCCUCGACAGCGUACUCGACGGAUACAAUGCUACGGUAUUUGCAUACGGUGCGACGGGAUGCGGGAAGACACACACGAUCACUGGCACGGCCCAGCAGCCUGGGAUCAUCUUCCUCACCAUGCAGGAGUUGUUCGAGCGGAUACAAGAUGUCCAGGAAGAGAAAGUGACCGAAAUCACACUCUCUUACCUCGAGAUAUAUAACGAAACGAUAAGGGACCUGCUGGUUCCCGGCGGAAGUAAGCAAGGAUUGAUGCUUCGGGAGGACGCCAAUCAAACUGUCUCGGUCGUUGGGCUCUCCAGCUACAACCCGCAGAAUGUACAGGAAGUUAUGGACUUGAUCAUUCGCGGAAAUGAGUUCCGAACUAUGUCACCGACCGAAGCAAAUGCCACAUCAUCCCGCUCGCACGCCGUCCUUCAGAUCAACAUAUCCCAGAAAGACCGAAAUGCAGACGUCAAUGAGCCGCAUACCAUGGCCACACUGAGCAUCAUCGACCUUGCUGGGAGCGAGAGAGCCAGCGCGACCAAGAAUCGAGGAGAGAGGCUCUUAGAAGGCGCGAAUAUCAACAAAUCGUUGCUAGCGUUGGGGGGCUGCAUCAAUGCCUUGUGCGAUCCGAGAAAGCGGAACCAUGUGCCUUACCGGAACUCAAAGUUGACUCGGCUGCUGAAGUUCUCACUGGGAGGCAAUUGUCGAACGGUCAUGAUCGUUUGCGUUAGUCCUUCAAGCGCCCAUUUUGACGAGACUCAAAACACUCUCAGAUAUGCGAACCGAGCCAAGAACAUCCAGACAAAGGUUACGAGGAACGUAUAUAACGUCAACCGACACGUCAAGGAUUUCCUGAAGAAGAUCGAUGAACAAAUGGCGCUUAUCAACGAGCUGAAGCUGCAACAAAAGGACUCCGAAUCUCAUGCCUUUGCUAAGUUCAAGAAGCAAAACGAGAAGCGUGAUGCGAUCACUCGGGAAGGAAUCGCUCGAAUCCGCAGCGCCUUCGAACAUUCUCUUUCGGAACGCCAAGAAAGAAUUGGCAUGAUGAAGAAACUCCGCCAAAUUGAACGACGAAUAUCACUCAUAUCCGCUUGGGUGGCCGGUUUCGAUACCGUUUGCGACUCCAGAGAGGACGAAGAGCCACCAAAGAGCCUAUCGACGAUGCGAAAAACCGCUCAAGGGAUCCUUGCCGAAUUGGAAAACAGCCGCCAGCAUUAUCACCAACGUCUUGCGAAGAACAACUGGGAUCGAGCUUUGGAGAUGGCGUUGCAGACCGGCCUUCGCCAACUGAAGGAGGCCGACGGAACCGAUGAAAGUUUCGAAAACUCUACCUUGAUGCGUGAAACAGAGCUGUUGAGGUCGAUUGCCGAUCGAGAAAUGUACACCAGCAUGUUAGACCAAGAGAAAGGGGGUGACGCGGCCGUCGUUCAAGCAUUGCUCCAGGCUCACUUCGAUACCAUCGCCAUCAUCAACCAGAUCUUGAUGAUGGACGAAGAGGAUGCAGUCCAAGCUGCAAAGAACCUCCUAGGGAAGAUGGUUAAUGCGUGUACAUCCGUGACAUCACAGGUCAUCAAGCCGGACGGGGGUCUUCCUCUCACAGAAGCGUUUGCGCCACGGAAGACAGGGACGCCGAAACGGCGCAACCCAGGCAUGCUUCUUGGACCAUCCCCAGUCGUUGCUCUUCAACCACCGAGAUUUUUAGAAACACCAACGCUCUCAUCGUCUCCCGUCAAGGCCUCCCCCCGACGAAGGAAGCUAGGAGGGGCAAGGAAAGGCGUUACCUUCACUCCUAAGAAUAAAUCACCAGCUAAAGGCACCAAGCGUGUGGUGCGCUGGCGAGAUGAUACCGAAGACGGGACGCUUGCCGAAUUCCAGGUGACGCCGCAACGAUUGGACUCAACGCCUGAGAUCUCCUCCGUUGAGAUGCCUCCACCCACGUUGCCUGCCAUGGUCCAAGUUCCAGAGAAAGAGGGUUCAUCUCCUAUCCCCCCACCGCCGGAGACUUCAGUAGAGCUGAAAUCGAAGCGCAACCGGUUUCAGUCUGGGUUCCUGUCCAAGAAAUCGGACACCUCACCCACGCCUCUCUCGCAACAGCAAUUGUCACAGCAAUCAUCUUACUCGUCAGAUUCCGACUCGCAUUCCCCUCUACGGGAACUGCAACCCAACGCCGCUCCUCACCCCUCUCCACUACACCAUGUCUCCAACGCUUCAUCUGACAAUACCCCGGCCGAGAGCAGUUCCGCAUCAUCGUCAUCCGAUGAAGAAAAGUCUCGUCGCACAGCCUACCCGGUUGAUCGCGCCGAGGCAAAGUCAAUUCGCUCCGCCAUGAAACGCCAAUCCAUGGGAUCCGGCGGCGGUACUGCCCGGACUCAUCGACGCCGUAGCCCAACCACGAGCGCUUCGGCCAUGGCCGUCAGCACCGGCAGUCCCAACGGAGAAAACUCCAUGUUUACCGCGUCGCAUGCGCGACGAAUGGUGCGUAGCGAGCGGACGAGCGACGCCGACUGGAAAGCAAGCAUCCUGAGCCCUCGUCCAGGGGCGAUUAUCAAGAGUGGUGGUCGACGGACCACCAUGGCAGGGGCGGGAGUCGGCUCCGAGGAUGGUGAGCGCCUGGGUGGGGGACUGAGGGCCGGGCCGGUCCGAAUGGCAAGUGCUAGCUCGAAUGGCACCACGGGUGGUCGAGGGAGUCUGGUGUCGAGCAAGAAUAUUUGGAGAUGAACGGACGUGGCCCCAUGUUUGAGUCUCGAGAUUCGUCCGCGGACGAUCGCAUUGCUCGUAAGACAGAUGUAGGAGUUUCGGCUGGUUUGGCGGUCGGGGUAUGAUGAGGUCCUGGAUCGGAGUACUGGUUUGGUUGGGUCCAAUUCUUGUAAUAUGCGCUACCUCAGCAUCAUGUAUGGCGCAAGGAACUCGUUGACUACGAACGGCCUAGGUAGUAAAGUAUGUUGAAAUAGGAUCACCUUAGUUCUCAAUCUUGGUCCUUAUGAGGACGGGUUAUAUGUUAAGG